GCGAUAACCUCAAAAGUACAAAUAAGUUCAUUGUGUGCGCAUCUUAACGACAGUAUUCUCGCGCAAUGGGUGGAAUGAGAUUGAUUUUGAUCAUUUGUGUGAAUCUUGCAUUCGCUACGAGUGAACCAGCUACCUGCCAACAAGCACCUCUCGGAUAUUAUUGGAGAGAUUACGUGGGAGAAAUACCAUAUGAUGCAGUCCCAGGAGGUAUUGAUGGGUCCGGUCAGCCAACAUACAUUGGACAGGCUUACAUAAAGGGGUUCGAACUUUUACCGGCAACCAUAAAAGCGGGGUCAACGACAGCUACCGCGUCAGCUUACAAUAGAGCGAUUCCCGUUAGUAAAAACAUCAAGAUACUGUGCAGUACUCAGCUGGAUAAGUUUUCAUGGCUCGUUACCAAGAGCGAGGAAGCGCACCUUAUCACUAAUUGCCAUUUGGUCAUUGGAGGCUCAGAGGUCGAUCAAAUUCUGCACAUUGGACGUGUUAAUCAUAACGGGCAAACAGUAAUUGGUAAAGUGUUCAGCUACAGACCCGGCAGUAAAGGGCUGUGGAUACCACACGAAGGACACGAGCAGCAUUUUGCUUCGUAUGAAAUUUUAACUUAUAACUGCCACGCUCAUGCGGGAAAAUAAAUUGGCGACGAAAGCAUAAUUUGAACCUUGUCAAAAUGUUCUAAGUAUUGAUAAUUAUAAGAUUCGUAACUAUAA